AUAGUGACACAAUUUUCCUUUAAACUUACUAGUUGAAAGCCCUACCCUAUAGAUAACAUCCGUGCUGAUUACACAAGGUCAAUUCAUUUGGGCACUGUCUCUGUUCCAAAACCCUAAUCGGUCUUCCAGAAAAUGGCUGAUUCUCCCCUUGCAAGGAAUUCAAGGUCCCCUUCCCCGUGGAAAGCUCAGUCGAGAUCUAGGUCUAGGUCAAGAUCUAGGUCGAGGUCUAGGCCUAGACAAAGGCCAAGAUCCCGUUCUAGAAGUCAUGGCAGGUCAAGAUCACCAAUUCAUGGAAGGUCAAGGUCACCCAUUCAUGGAAGGUCCGAGCCUUCAAAUCCUGGUGACACACUUUAUGUAACCGGUCUAUCUUCAAGGGUCACUGAAAGAGACCUAGAGGAGCAUUUCUCCAAGGAAGGAAAGGUUUCUUCAUGUUUUCUUGUGGUGGAGCCCCGUACACGGAUUUCUCGUGGUUUUGCUUUUGUUACAAUGGAAUCUGCUGAGGAUGCGGAGCGCUGUAUCAAGUAUCUCAAUCAAUCAGUUUUAGAGGGUCGUUACAUCACAAUUGAGCGGUCACGAAGAAAACGCGCAAGAACUCCAACCCCAGGGCACUAUCUUGGACUGAAAAACACUAGGGAGUAUGGCUUUCGUGGUGAGCGGGGAAGGUAUCGCGAUGGUCCUGACCGUGACAAUUAUUCACGCCGUAGGUCUCCAAGGCGUUCACCGUACAGAGGUGGCCAAGAUUAUUCACCCCGGCGCUCACCCUAUGGGGGAAGGUCUAGGAGGGAUAGCUCUAGGUCGCUUCCUUAUUCUCCACAUGGUAGCCCAGACAGGAAGUAUGCUCGUGGAUCUAGUUUGCGCCCUAUAUACAAUGUAUAAAGCUUAUUGGUGGAAGCUGCUGUUUCUGUGUGACUAUAUGAGUGUGCCUUUUCUCGAAGUCACACUGGAAGUUAGAGGGGACAAAAGUGUGAAAAUUUCAAUUUGAAGCAUGUAAGAAUUUGCUUUAGGGAAUUGAGACUUCGGCAAGAAUUUUCCGUGGCUGCGUAUGCCCCAAACGUUUAUGCAUGUGAUGCUGCCUACGAUUUCAACACCCAUUUUUACCCAAACCAUAACUCUAUUGUAAACGUUACCCUUGAGCCAUUAUCUGCUGGUGAAUUAAGCGUUGAAAAAUGUUAUCAUUUCUCAAACAUCCCCGAAUUAAUUUUAUUUGCACGAUUCUUGAAA